AUGGAGCGGGUCAGCAGUCAGAUAAAACAGAUUGGCGAAACAGCAGAUACAACACAUCAUAAAGACUGUUAUGCCCCUGGGUUAUUCACGCAAAAAACACCUGAGCGUUUUAUAGAGGAGAAAGUUGGUAGCUCAGAUAGCAUAGAUGGUCGUUGGUUUGUUCGCCGAGCUGGACAAUUUGGUUGCAAACGUGUCAGCACUAAUCGAGGUAACAUCAUAAGUGCGUUGUUGGGGGGCGUAGCGGUUGACAACCACCGAUUCAUCGCUACACACCCUAACAACGCAUUGAUGACGUCACCUCAAUUGGUGGUGAAGCGUCUGAAUUCAAGUUAUGAAGCUCAGCGGACAAACCAACGGGCAUUUUCCGGAGACAGUUGUCUCCAUAUGCUGCAGACGCAUGUUAUCCCGCAACUCAAGCAGCACAAGAAGUCAUCGGUCGUCCUUCAGCAAGAUGGCGCUCCACCCCACUGCUCAAACCAACUGUGUCCUGAAACUACGGAAACCGAAGGUCCCCCGGAACCUCCUGGGGACGACACGUGUGAUGCGCCUGCUGCGGAUAUCCGUUCCCAUCAAACAAAGGAAACUUUAGUGAAUAUCUUCACAACGGAACGUCUUCUGUGCGCUGUGUACACAAGUCACAACCCCUGGAGUCCCCCUGAAGAGGAACAGAUGAACAGAACUCUUGAGCAACUCUCCUUCAACUACCACUUCAAGCAUCUCCUGCUGGUAGGUGACUUCCACGCUCCAAAGGCCUCGUGUAUGGAGCUCUGGUGCAUCGAAUCAAGCGGAGUUUUUACAGCGGCGCUGAUUGAAGUCGUUAAACAGAGCGCUUGGACUCAACAUGUCUUUGCACCCACCAGAUACCGCGCAGGCCAACUACCAGCCCUCCUGGAUUUGGUCAUCACCAACGAAAGACACUUCGUUGAUCAGGUAACAAUUAACGCUUCACUGGAACAUGAUCACCAGUGUGUGCUGAAUUUGAUUUCAUCGGCUAUUGGACGAGAAAUCCCGAACCCCAAACGAGGUUUCGAGACUCCUGCAGGGCAGAAUUCUCAGGAAUGCGCAUCCUUCUAG